UGCAGGGGGCGUGUGACCAGAUUGGAGGACCAGCGCUGGGACAGGACUGCUGCUGCAGCAUAGUCGCUCCCAGUGGCUACAGUUAGCUGGCUAACUGCUGCUAGCUGUUGGACAGCUGAAAAUGUUUACUUUCUGCCAGUUGUUAACGGAGCGCAGGAUGGUAGCAGCGUCGGAGGAUUGUGCCAUGACUUCCCAGUGUCUUCUUGAUGACGUUCCCAAACUUUAAGUUAUGCUCUCACGAAAGAAAAGUAAAAACGAAGCGUCAAAACCAGCUGAGGUACACGGGAAAUAUGUGAAGAAGGAAACGUCUCCGCUCCUCAGAAAUCUUAUGCCCUCAUUCAUCCGCCAUGGACCCACUAUUCCCAGACGAACAGAGGGGCCCCCACCGGAGAUGGCGUCCUCUUCCUACUCUGUGGCGAACAGCAGGGAAUCGGUCGUGUCCCGCAGCAAGAGCGUCCUCCGUGCACCCGUGCAGAGGACGCCACAUGAAGUGGCCCGCAGAGAGAGCCACCGCAUGUCAGCGCCGCCGUACCUGCCUCGCAGUCUGGGAGAUCUGUCCCAUGAGUACCGCGGCUCAACGCAAUCCUUCCUCACCAAUGUGGGCCCCAUGUCGGAGAAUGGAGAUGCUGCCAGGUAUUACUACCCAGCUGAACCCUAUUAUGAAAACCAGCAGCAGCAGCAUCAGCCCAGGAGAGUGCAGGAGCGCUUCCCUGAUGACUAUAGAUACUAUGAACACAAUGAGCACAACUUCCAAAGACUCCCCCACCAACACCACUCCCCAGGGCCAAGCCGACCCCCUUCAGUGCCGUUAGCUGACCGCUGCUGUGCUGCAAAUUUGCUCGGACGUCUCUGCUGCUUCAGUCAGAAAGGUUUGUUUUCCUCAGGCAUAGGUCGAAUACAGGCUAAGUCUCUGGGGAACCUCUCCAGCCUGACCGGAGAGGACAUCCCCCUUCCGGCCGGCUGGACCCUCGACUGGACCAUCCGCGGCAGAAAGUACUACAUCGACCACAACACCAACACUACACACUGGAGCCACCCUCUGGACAGGGAGGGGCUCCCUCCGGGCUGGGAGAAAGUAGAGUCUGCUGAGUUUGGGGUCUAUUAUAUGGAUCACAUUAACGAAAGAGCACAGUAUCGACAUCCAUGUGCCCCAAGCGUGCCUCGCUACGAUCAGCCGCCGCCGCCACCUCCUGUGAUCCAUCAGCCAAUGCUGGUGCCGGCUAACCCGUACCAUGCGGCUGAGAUCCCAGACUGGCUGCAGGUGUACGCCCGCGCACCCCUCAAAUACGACCACAUCUUGAAGUGGGAGCUGUUCCAGCUGGCUGACCUGGACACGUAUCAGGGCAUGCUGAAGCUGCUGUUCAUGAAGGAGCUGGAGCAAAUCGUCAAGUUGUAUGAGGCAUACCGCCAGGAGCUGCUGACGGAGCUGGAGGCCCGCAAACAGCGGCAGCAGCAGUGGUACGCCCAGCAGCCCAACAAGGGCUACGGCGGGAACAUGUGACGGCCGUUCUGCUGUGUGACGAGGAAUGCCUUUGCUGAGGUUGCGACGGUUUGGGGAGUGGUCCUUGUUUUGCCUUUGAUAUCGAGAUUGACUCGUAAAUUACUUCCUUACCAAAAAAAACCCCAUAAAAUCCGUGCCUUUUUGCUCGAUCCAAAUAUAUAAAUAUAAAUAUGCCAGCCAAGAAGUUGAAGCACUUCCUGACGGGGAGGAGAAGAGGGAGAAUCAGCUCAAGUGAUGCUCACUUUAUGAAUGACUGGAAAAGAAAAACACUAGAAUGAAGACGUCGCCGGCGGACGCUGCUGCUUGUGGCGUUGGGAACCACCAACCUGAGAUGUGAAUGAUGGUGCAAUUUUUUCUUUUUUUUUUUUUUUUUGUUUCAGGACUGGGAAGCACCAAGUCUGAAAGUCUGGAUAUUUGCUGCGAAACAUCACAAAACUGUGCCUUUAAUAAAAUAAAAUGCAUCAACUUUCUAGUUUUUGCUCAUAUGCCA